GAGCCGUUGUUUCCGCUUCUUUUAUCCCAUCUUCGCCCUUCCCCUUUUCUCUCUCUCUCUCUCUCUCUCUCUCUCGGCGACUUUGGUGAAUGUAAGUGAGCUACUAGUAUAUGGAAGCCUCCGAGGACGAGCAACUCGAGCGAGUCGACUCACUGCCUGAACCGGACCUGGCAUCGACGAGCUCAGGCUUAUCGUCCAUACUCAACACGGAAGAUUCCAGGAGCACCAGCAGCUCCGGCGACAUCUCCUUCACGAGCAGCAGCUCCGGCGACAUUCUGGCGUUUCUGGUACCGGAGGCCGCCGCGCCGAUGCUGAUGGAACCCUCGCCGAACGGGGAGGACUCAAAGGUGAUGGCCACGGCGAGGCAGAAGUGCGUGGGUAGGAACAACAAGGGAGUGAGCUGGGGAUUCACGUCGGUGAUUGGGAGACGGAGGGAGAUGGAGGACGCCGUGGCUGUUGUACCGGGCUUCAUGUCGCGCACGUGCCAUCACGUGGGCGGUUGUACUGCCCCGGACUCCAGAACCUCCAGCGAGAUCUCGCCCGUCCAUUUCUUCGGCGUCUUCGACGGUCAUGGUGGCUCUCAGGUGGCUAAAUUUUGUGCAGAGCGAAUGCAUGAAGUGAUAGCAGAAGAGUGGGAUCGGGAAACAGUUGACGGCUAUGAAUGGCAUAGGAGGUGGGAGUCAGCAUUCUGCAGUGGUUUUGAGAGGGCCGACAAUGAGAGCGUGACAGAGGCAGCUGCACCAGAAAUGGUUGGAUCAACUGCUGUUGUGGUUGUUCUAUCUGGUUGUCAGAUUAUCACAUCCAACUGUGGUGACUCGAGGGCAAUCCUUUGUCGAGGGACUCAAACAAUUCCCUUAACCGUCGAUCAGAAGCCUGAUAGAGAAGACGAACUCAUGAGAAUAGAAGAAGAGGGAGGGAAAGUCAUAAACUGGAACGGUGCCAGGGUGUUUGGAGUCCUCGCCAUGUCCAGAGCUAUAGGUGAUCGAUAUUUGAGGCCAUGGAUAAUUCCAGUGCCUGAGAUUACUUUCAUGACUAGGACAGAUGAGGAUGAGUGUUUGAUUUUGGCAAGCGAUGGGCUUUGGGAUGUCAUGACUAACGAAGAGGUUGGGGAGGCGGCUCGCCGCCUUCUAAGAAGGUGGCGUAGGUCGUUGAUGACUGAUGACAUUUCUCCGGCACAAGCUGUUGCUGAUAAUCUCACUGAGAUAGCAUAUGGAAGAAAUAGUUCUGACAACAUCUCCAUCAUUGUUGUUGACCUGAAAUCAAAGAGAAGGCGCCAGCAAAGGCCAUCAAUAAGGGGAGUGGAGUAACUCUCUCCCUCCUUUCCCAGAAAUCCAAUUCACCCGCACCCUCUGAAGCUGUGUGAUAAGAAAGGCAGGAGUGAUGUAGUGGAAUUGCACAGAGGCCCCCCACAUGACACAAUUGGUAGCCCCUGUACAGUGCUGACUUGCAAACACACUGCUGCUCUGAAACCACCAGAAUUGGUUUGUUACGGCAAAACCUAGAUCAAUCCUCCAUUUUAGUUGGCUUGGUCAAGGAAAAACUAAGAAAAAACAAAUUGUUCAAUAUUUUUCACAUGAAGAUGAAGAAAAGAAAAGAAAGAAAAGAAUAUGGCAUGGUAUAUCUUUCUUUUUUAAGUUAUUUGCUCUA